AUGUCGAAACCACGUGGUGGUAAGAAAAAAUUUGGUCAUAAAGGUGGUUCUCGCCACUUCACCGAUUUCGAGGAACUGAAGGCACAGCAGGAGGAGAUAAGACGGAUGAAGAGUGGAAUUGUGGAAGAAGGCGACGAAGGUGCAGGCACGAAACUUGCGAUGGAUUCAGCAUCGCGAGAUGUUGCCGGUUCGGAUGCAUCAACGAGUAGUGAUGAGGAAGACGACGACGGCUCAAAGCAUAAGGGUGUGCAGCACCUGAUCGAGAUCGAAAACCCGAACCGUGUCAAGCAGAAACUGAAGAAGGUCACCGAAGUAAACGUAAAUCUGGACGAAAGUCAGCUCAGUCGAAAGGAGAGGGAGGCCAUAGAAAAGCAACGUGCACGAGAGAACUACUUGCGGCUGCAUGCGGAAGGUAAAACGGAUGAAGCGAGAGCUGACUUAGCUCGCUUGGCGAUAGUUCGAAAGCAACGAGAAGAAGCCGCAAAACAGCGUGAACAGCAGCAUCAAAAAGGUAUGCUGAACCAGACGCUACGUGUGCUGGCUCCAUAA